ACAAAAAAACCCUAAAACUAUUAAGAAGACAAACUCAAAAAAUGUUUUACAAUGUGUGUCAUAAAGAUGUGAUUUUCUAGUUUACAGAGAGCUUGUACAAGCCAUUCAGAAAAAAUGCAGUAGAAAAUAUGGACAAAGGAUGUGAAAUAGCAUUUAAGGAAAAAAAGGAAAUAGAAAUUCAACCCCCUUGUUGUUAAAGAAAUGCAAAUCAGAAUGAGAUCAUUAACUGAAGAGAAAAAAAAACAGCUAUGCAGAAUUCUCACGUGGAUGAGUACAGAAAUUCCAAUAAUGGCAGCACAGGCAACAGUUCAGAGGUAGUGGUAGAGCAGUCUGCCGAUUUCAGUACUGAGAUUAUGAAUGUUACAGAAAUGGAACAGUCACCUGAUGGAUCUCCAACUGUGAAUACGACUACAGAAGAAAAUGAAAUAGCAAAUACUGUGGACCUUCCAGUGACAGAAACAGAAGCAAAUUUUCCUCCUGAAUAUGAAAAGUUUUGGAAAACUGUAGAAAGUAAUCCUCAGGAUUUUACAGGCUGGGUAUAUUUGCUUCAGUAUGUAGAACAGGAGAAUCACUUGAUGGCUGCCAGGAAAGCGUUUGACAAAUUUUUCAUACACUAUCCGUAUUGCUAUGGUUAUUGGAAAAAGUAUGCAGACCUCGAAAAGCGACAUGACAACAUUAAACAAUCAGAUGAGGUGUAUCGCCGGGGGCUUCAGGCAAUACCUCUUAGUGUUGACCUUUGGAUACAUUAUAUAAACUUCUUAAAAGAAACAUUGGACGCUGGCGAUCUUGAGACAAACAGUACAAUAAGAGGAACUUUCGAGCAUGCUGUUCUGGCUGCAGGAACAGAUUUCCGAUCUGACAGACUGUGGGAAAUGUAUAUAAAUUGGGAAAAUGAACAGGGAAACCUGAGAGAAGUUACAGCUAUAUAUGAUCGUAUUCUUGGUAUUCCAACACAGCUGUACAGUCAUCAUUUUCAGAGAUUUAAAGAACACGUACAGAAUAACUUGCCUAGAGAUCUUCUAACUGGUGACCAGUUUAUUCAGCUGCGAAGAGAGUUAGCUUCUGUAAAUGGGCAUAGCGGUGAUGAUGGUCCUCCUGGUGAUGAUCUGCCAUCAGGAAUUGAAGACAUAACUGACCCAGCAAAGCUAAUUACUGAAAUAGAAAACAUGAGACAUAGAAUCAUUGAAAUUCAUCAAGAAAUGUUUAAUUAUAAUGAGCAUGAAGUUAGUAAAAGGUGGACAUUUGAAGAAGGUAUUAAAAGACCUUAUUUUCAUGUGAAACCAUUGGAAAAGGCACAACUGAAAAACUGGAAAGAAUAUUUAGAAUUUGAAAUUGAGAAUGGUACUCAUGAACGAGUUGUGGUUCUCUUUGAAAGAUGUGUCAUAUCAUGUGCCCUCUAUGAGGAGUUUUGGAUUAAGUAUGCCAAGUAUAUGGAAAAUCAUAGCAUUGAAGGAGUGAGGCAUGUCUUCAGCAGAGCUUGCACAAUUCAUCUCCCAAAGAAACCCAUGGUGCAUAUGCUUUGGGCAGCUUUUGAGGAACAGCAGGGUAAUAUUAACGAAGCCAGGAAUAUCUUGAGAACAUUUGAAGAAUGUGUUCUAGGAUUGGCAAUGGUUCGUUUGAGAAGAGUAAGUUUAGAACGACGACUUGGAAAUAUGGAAGAAGCUGAACGUUUGCUUCAGGAAGCCAUUAAGAAUGCCAAAUCAAAUAAUGAAUCAUCAUUUUAUGCUAUCAAACUAGCACGACAUCUUUUCAAAAUACAAAAAAACCUUCCAAAAUCAAGAAAGGUGCUUUUGGAAGCUAUUGAAAGAGACAAAGAGAACACAAAGUUAUACCUCAAUUUACUUGAAAUGGAAUAUAGUGGUGACCUCAAACAAAAUGAAGAAAAUAUCCUAAAUUGUUUUGACAAAGCUAUUCAUGGUUCAUUACCUAUGAAAAUGAGAAUUACAUUUUCUCAGAGAAAAGUGGAAUUUCUUGAAGAUUUUGGCUCAGAUGUUAAUAAGCUCCUGAAUGCUUAUGAUGAACAUCAAACACUCCUAAAAGAACAGGAUUCUUUAAAAAGGAAAGCAGAAAAUGGAUCAGAAGAACCAGAGGAAAAGAAAGCACACACAGAAGAUACAACUUCAUCAUCUACACAGAUGAUUGAUGGUGAUUUACAGGCAAAUCAAGCUGCAUAUAGCUAUAGUGCCUGGUAUCAAUACAAUUAUCAGAAUCCUUGGAAUUAUGGACAGUAUUAUCCUCCCCCUCCAACCUGAUGGGAAAAUUAAAUAUCAGAUGGAGUAUGUGAAAAGAUUGAAAUUAUUUUUUUUUAAUGAGGGAUGUAAACAUAGCAUAAGCUUGUUGUAUUUGAUAACUUGUCUUCCCUAUUUCUGUGUAACAUGAUUUGUUUAGUAAUAGGGGAAAAUGUCACUUAGUAGCUUACCACAGAUACUAUUUCCUACCAUUUAUAAAAUUUACUUUUUAUUGGAGAACUAUUUUUUUGAUUUUUGCAUUAAGUGGUCUAGAAUUCUUUUGCAAUGCAUUUGCAACAGAGUUUUGUAGCCUUAAGGGUAGGAAAAAAAAACUGACUGCAAAUCAUGUCAGUGUAGUACAAGAUUCUGAAAAUACAUAAGGGCUGGUUAUUAAGGAUUUACCUCCUUUUAAAAAAAAAGGAUUUUUAACCUUUGCUGACAAGAUGUUGUCUGUGUGUUUCAAUUAUUAUCCUUUUGAAUUUGGAUCGAAGAGCAGAAAAGAUACCUAUUAAAAUAUUGUCUUUGAAUAGAGGUUAUAAAUGAGGAAAUGGAAUGUUUGCAUCCCUUUAAAAAAAUGAAAAUCGUAUCAAAACUAUGUUGUUUCAGGAGACUUUGUAUUUGGAAUAUUCAUGUAAAACUUGUGAGCAAGCUUUCAUUUUGAUCAAACUGAUCAUCUUCAUUUUUGUAAUAAAACUGAAGACUCAUCCAA